AUGGGGGGGUUGAGUUUGCAGUAUAGCGAAUGCCCUUGUUCCAUAUUAUGUAACAUCACUGCAAAAUACAAUUCCAAUAUAUGUAUGAGAGAUACUCCCGUGGUAAAUGCACCGUGCGAAUUACCCCAGGAUUACCACAGGAAGCAGCAGCAGCGAGCAACAAUAAAUGGUGUGCCUCCGGGGAUUGUGUGCACAUUUAAAUAUAAAUCAAAAAUGCAUACAAUGUGUGGGUGUGUGGGUGUCCGUGAGUGCACGGGGGGCUGCAGACGGAAAGCCCGCAGUGCCAGGUCUUACAGUUCAGAAGGAGUCGUGGUAGGCACGCACUGCCCCCACCCCAAUGGUACGGGUAGUUCUGUGUCAAUUUUAACGGGGGCAUCAGAUGACGGGGGUCGCCCGUGCAGAGUGAUGUUGUGUCACAUGACAGGUGUGUCGGGAAACAUCGGUGUGUCUGAAAAGUCGCUCCGAUGUUCUCCGGUGGGUGAAAAGCCCUAA